UCUCUUUUGCGGAAUCCUUCGCUAACAGGAAGAGAGGGCGAGAGAGAGAGCGAGAAGAAGAAGAAGAAGAAGAGGAAUCGAAGAUGAGUGUGAUCGAUAUUCUCACGCGCGUUGACGCGAUCUGCAAGAAAUACGACAAGUACGACGUCGAUAAGCAACGCGGGGAUGCCGCCAACGUCGCCGGCGACGAUGCUUUUGCCCGGCUAUAUUCCUCCGUCGAGGCUGACAUCGAAGCCGCCCUCGAGAAAUCGGAGAAGGCGAAGCUGGAGAAGAAUCGGGCGGCGGCGGUGGCGAUGAAUGCGGAGAUCCGGCGUACUAAGGCUAGGUUGAUGGAGGAGGUGCCCAAAUUGCAGAGAUUGGCUGUUAAAAAGGUCAAAGGACUUUCUGGGGAAGAACUUGGAGCUCGUAAUGACUUGGUUCUUGCCUUACCAGAUAGAAUUCAGUCUAUUCCUGAUGGGAGUGCUACUGGAGCAAAACAGGCAGGAGGUUGGACAGCUUCAGCAUCUCGCACGGAGAUCAGAUUUGAUUCUACUUCAGAUGGAAAUUUUGAGAGUGAAUACUUUCAUCAAACUGAAGAAUCCAGUCAAUUUAGGCAGGAAUAUGAGAUGAGGAGAUUGAAACAGGAUCAAGGUUUGGAUGUUAUUGCUGAAGGACUGGAUACAUUGAAGAACAUGGCUCAUGACAUGAAUGAGGAGUUGGACAGGCAAGUCCCUUUGAUGGAUGAAAUUGACACCAAGGUUGACAAGGCCACAUCGGAUCUGAAGAAUACUAAUGUGAGGCUCAAGGAAACUGUCAAUCAGUUGAGAUCCAGUCGGAACUUCUGUAUUGAUAUUAUCUUGCUAUGCAUUAUUCUGGGAAUUGCCGCUUAUCUGUAUAAUGUAUUGAAGAAGUAAGCAGCUUGAGUUUUUGCUCAUUUGUGUGAACUUUGCAUCUGGAUGCUGUUCUGCCUCCUUGUACAUCAACACUCGACAUUCCUGUUACCUUAUGGUUUUGAUUUGUAACUCAUUUUCCUUUAAACCGAUGUGCACCAAUUUACUUUGCUAAGAUCUUUUAGAAAUAUAUUUUGAAAUUCAUGUUUGCUGCUUC